AGAGGUGGAGGGUCUGGAGGUCAGAGGAUGGGGGCGGGCAUGCCACCCCCCUACGGGGGCAUGAGGGGCAUGAACCAAAGCAUGGACCAGUCUAGAAAGAGGCACGCCCAGGCGGAGGCUCAAAAGAAGUCGCAGAGCAACAGGAAGAAAAAGAAGAUGGCCGACAAAGUGCUUCCGCAGAGGAUCAGAGACCUGGUGCCUGAGUCCCAGGCCUACAUGGACCUGUUGGCCUUCGAGCGUAAGCUAGAUGCCACCAUCAUGCGGAAGAGACUAGACAUCCAGGAGGCCUUGAAGAGACCUGUCAAGGUAAGGUAUCCUUCAUGAUGUGAUGGCUUUUAGUAAAAAGAAAAAAAAAGACAGAUAUUUUGAACUGCCUGGCAGUACUGAUUUUCAAUAGUUAGUACUGGAAAGUGAGAAGAAUAAUGAUGGUAUUGUGCAAA